AUGGUUAUCCGUCCACCAAUUGAGAAAUGGUCAAGACCCGAAUUGGAAGAUCGUUAUCACAGUCUUUAUCAACAACACUAUGAUCUUAAACAAAAGUACAAUGAAUUAGAAAUCAAACUGAAGCAGACAAAUUCACGUAUUAGAAGAACUGAUAUUGGCGCAAAGAAUUUUAGAACUGACGAAAAUGAAAAUAUACAGCAUGCGCAGUUGGUGAAGGAAAACCGAUUACUUACAAACAAGACUUAUUUACCUCUCAAACGACCUCAAUUGGCCAUGCCACAAAGGUCCAGUCAGUCUGUACGACCUCUGUUGAUCAGAUCACCAUCAGCCAACACAGUAAGAAGACCUAUAUCUACAACAUGCUUGGCACGUGGCUCUGGCAGGAAACCACAGUUAAUAAGUGAAACGAAAUCAUCACUUCUGGACAAAACUUUAUUUGUAAAACUUAAUCGAGAAAUGAAACAAAAGGAAGAUGAAUGUUCUUCGUUAACGUUAAAAUUCAACGAUGUGCAAGAACAACUUACAAAACUGAAAAAGGCAUACGAUCAGCUGUUGUGUGUUAACCAACAAACAGAGACAGAGUUAAAACGACAGUUAGCUGUAAUGAAAUUAAAUACUGAACUGCCAAAUAUCAAAGAGGAACAAAAUAUACGAUUUGUAGAAAAGGAAUUGGAAAUAAUGCGUGAAGAAAACGAAAUAUUACGUGACGCUAAUGAUAAACUUGUGCAGAACUCGUUGACGAUUGAGCAAUUGAUGGUAGAAGAAAAUAGUAAUCAUCAAAAUAGGUUAUAUGGUCAACAUCAGAAUCAUCCACAAAUUCAUGAACUGUUCAUAAAAUAUUCAAAAUUGGAAGAAAAAUAUCAACAACUGAUGAAAAGAGAAAUGAAAGCAGGGAAAAUAGCAAGUGAUGAUGGUGAACUACAAUUGAAAUCACAGAUUGCUAGAGGUGAAGAACAAGAAUCUUCAAAAACCGAUUUCAGUCUUGUUAAAGUAUAUGAGGAUUUAUCACGAAUUAUCGAACGACAUAUUCUGACACCUUCUUCUGAAGAGAGCAAAACAGUAGAUAAUAAUCAACUUGACAAAUGGCAAAGAAUGUAUAUGGAAAUCCACAGCGAGCUAGAAAAAGUUCGAAAUAUGUUAUUGAUGCAGCAUACUAUAAAUGAGCAACAUCUUCAGGAGAUAGCUUUGACAAAUCAAAAUCUGCAACAAACAAAAGAUAAUUACGAACAUAAACUGAAAAAGCUAGUGAUGAAACUUUCUGAACGUGAAGCCGAAAUUCGAAAUUUAGAAUCACAAUUGAAAACAUUGGCUUACGGCGAUCAAUUACCCAUUUUACAAGUUGGGGAAAAUAAACAAGAAGCGGAAACGAGCGAAAUGAUGUUUCAUCUCUCGAGAAUUAUACUAAGUUCAGUUGCACUUCUACAGAUGGGCACUGCUCGACCAACAGUAUUUUUAGCUAUAGAAUUUUAUGAUUUUGAACUACAGACAACGCCAAUGUUAACUGGUCCUGAGUAA